CUUCAAGCAGUCACACCGUUGUUUCACGCCAGGCUGCGAGUGAGAGCACUCCCGCCAUCCCGCUGAUGAUAACAAGCAUGGGGUCGACUUUUGCCCCAAUUACCUCGAUAGGAUCGCUAGGGAUGAUCCCAAUCAUGUCGACCCCUACUCCGAUACCAACAACGACAAUGUUUCCCGGCUCGAUAACAACGCCUGGGGGAGCAUUCACGCCAUUUUCGUCAAGCUUGGCUCAAUUUGCCGCUGACCCGGCAAAUGCUCAGGCUUUACAGGGCUAUCAACAAGUGAUGGCCAUGAUGCAACAGGCAGGGGGCUUUAUGUCGUUUGCCUAUCCUGGCAUGAUUCCACCCAUCAUGAGUCAUAUGCCACCACCGGUGUCGACUCCGUCGACAUUCGUCCCUAGGAUGGUCCCUGUACGCCCGGUGAAUUUGACAGGGGCCAUGGACCAAGCAGCGCCCUCAAAUGUCCAUGAAGCCGAUGAUGCGGAGCAAGAGGCAGCUCGCAGAAGGAAGGGUAAAGCUAUAGCUAAGCCCAGCAAAACCCGGGAUUCAACAUUCAAACGCCUGGGGGACAAAGAGGAUGGACCCCGCAAGUCAGCCAAGCUACGUCUUGAUCCUGAGAUGGGCCGGACUAGCGCGAUGGAAAGAGUUGGCGGGAGUCGUCCCGCCUUAUCACAUCGUUCUAGGGAAUCUGAGACGAUUCACCUAGACGAGGAAGAGGCCGAAAGUCAACCCACGGCGUCGGCGUACACCCGAAUCUCAUAUGAUGAGGAUGACCUGGACAAGAUAGGGAGUGUAGCGAGAAAGCUACGCGCCCUAGAGGAAAAAGUAGAAGAAAAGGCGGGAGCGAAGAAACAUACCCUGUCGAAAUCACCCUUCUCGGCUAGGGUACAUGCACACAAGCUGAGGCGGAAGAUCAAGUUGGACGUGGAGAAAUUCACUGGAAAGGAGGAUCCAAACGUCCACCUCGACACUUUCCACGAUGCAGCACAAAUGGUCGGGUGUACUGAUGCUGAAGAGUGUUUACUCUUCUUCUCAUCCUUGAGAGGAAGGUUAGUGGAAUGGUUUAAUAGCCUUCCUCAUGGUAGAAUCGGGUCCUUCGAGAAACUUGCUGAGAUUUUCCACAAGAAGUACCAGGACAAUUGCAUCAAAAGGAAAAAGUUCACCUAUCUUAACACGGUAGGGUAGAGGGAGAAAGAGUCAUUGACUCAAUUCCUAACCCGAUGGAGGGAUGAGGUCGAUAAGGUAGAAGAGAUGGA